AAAGCCUGAAGGGAAAACGAUGAAAUCCCACAGAAGAGGCCGCUGGAGCCAGGCUGGGCAGGCGUGCUGACUGCGGGGAGAACUGCAGGCUGGCCUUGCGAUCUGGUUCUCAUGUGGUCCCCUCUGCAGAUGGCCUUGGGAAGAAACAAAGGCCUCCUUGAGGCCCCUGCCUGUGAUGCGGACAGCUCAUUUUCAUUCUGCUGUGGUUUCCCGGGUGGCCUCGUUGAGCUUCACUGUUCUCGGGAGCCCUUUCCUUGGCUACCCUUUGAACAGAGGAGAGCUAUGCAAACACGCUGCGAGGGGCCUUGAGAGCCCGAGGAGGGUCUGCUUUCUGGGCCCCUGCAGAGGGCAGGGGUCGCGGGCUGGUGGCCUGCCCCGCCCAGAGAGAAAGGGCCUUGGCUUCCCCUCAUUCUUCGUUCUGUGUUAGCUCUUUUUAUUGCAAAUAAUUAAUUAAAGUCAGUACAGCAAGAGUGGGAAAGUGGUUAAUGCAAUUGCCAGGUCCAGAUUCAGAGGGAUGAGGCGCUGAAAGGAAAGACAACCUUAGGAUCACUUCCACUUCCUCCACUUCGCGCUGCAUGGCCGGCAAGUUGGCGGCUCUCGCCUGCUCCCAGUUUUCCCGGAGUUGAGUAUGGUUGACUCUGACUGGACCAGGUUGGGUCACGUGUCAGCCCUGAGCCAAUCAGCUUGCCCAGAGAGAUGAUGCGCCCUGAGUGGUGGGUGAACCUGGUGAUAGGCCCCAGAGUGGCCAGAGAGGAAGGGCACGCGCACACCAUAGACGUAGGCGACGUGGUGGACCACAUGGGGGCUGGGCGGGGGUGCUGCUCACCCACCUUGUGCCCAGUGCUUUCCCUUCCCCUUGUCCAUGGUCCCCUAGCUUGGGGAGAAAGCAGGGUGCUUGCUCUACCCGCCAGUGCUGUCUCGGGGCUGCAGGGAGAUGUGGCUGCCCUGCUUGCGGUCUUCACUCCCAACUACCUGGCUUUGCAGAGCUGGAGUCCGCCCUAUCUGGGCUUGGGGGUCUGCUCCCUGAGAGCAUUAUUUGGUGCCCCUCGACUGUGUUGAUUCAGAAAUCUGGGACCUGUUGUUUCUCGACUAAAUAUCUUAUGAGAUCAGUCUUUCUUUUGGAGGCAAACAUUUUCGGAAGUUUUGGAACCAUGAUGAUCUAUGCCUCAGACACUUGUGGUCCCUGAGAAGCUACUGCUGGAAAAAGGGGUCCCCAUCCGGAUCCCAGGAGAGGGUUCUUGGAUCUUGCCGGGAAGGAAUCCAAGGGAACUACUGGAGACCACGUGCCGCCUGGCCAACACGCUGAAGAGGCAUGGAGUCCACCGUGGGGACCGUGUUGCCAUCUACAUGCCCGUGUCCCCAUUGGCUGUGGCAGCAAUGCUAGCCUGUGCCAGGAUCGGAGCUGUCCACACAGUCAUCUUUGCUGGCUUCAGUGCGGAGUCCUUGGCUGGGAGGAUCAAUGAUGCCAAGUGCAAGGUGGUUAUCACCUUCAACCAAGGACUCCGGGGUGGGCGCGUGGUGGAGCUGAAGAAAAUAGUGGAUGAGGCUGUGAAGCACUGCCCCACCGUGCAGCAUGUCCUGGUGGCUCACAGGACAGACAACAAGGUCCACAUGGGGGAUCUGGACGUCCCGCUGGAGCAGGAAAUGGCCAAGGAGGACCCUGUGUGCGCCCCAGAGAGCAUGGGCAGUGAGGACAUGCUCUUCAUGCUGUACACCUCCGGGAGCACCGGAAUGCCCAAGGGCAUCGUCCAUACCCAGGCAGGCUACCUGCUCUAUGCCGCCCUGACUCACAAGCUUGUGUUUGACCACCAGCCAGGUGACAUCUUUGGCUGUGUGGCCGACAUCGGCUGGAUUACAGGACACAGCUACGUGGUGUAUGGGCCUCUCUGCAAUGGUGCCACCAGCGUCCUUUUUGAGAGCACCCCAGUUUAUCCCAAUGCUGGUCGGUACUGGGAGACAGUAGAGAGGUUGAAGAUCAAUCAGUUCUAUGGCGCCCCAACGGCUGUCCGGCUGUUGCUGAAAUAUGGUGAUGCCUGGGUGAAGAAGUAUGAUCGCUCCUCCCUGCGGACCCUGGGGUCAGUGGGAGAGCCCAUCAACUGUGAGGCCUGGGAGUGGCUUCACAGGGUGGUGGGGGACAGCAGGUGCACGCUGGUGGACACCUGGUGGCAGACAGAAACAGGUGGCAUCUGCAUCGCACCACGGCCCUCGGAAGAAGGGGCGGAAAUCCUCCCUGCCAUGGCAAUGAGGCCCUUCUUUGGCAUUGUCCCCAUCCUCAUGGAUGAGAAGGGCAGCGUUGUGGAGGGCAGCAACGUCUCCGGAGCCCUGUGCAUCUCCCAGGCCUGGCCGGGCAUGGCCAGGACCAUCUAUGGCGACCACCAGCGAUUUGUGGACGCCUACUUCAAGGCCUACCCAGGCUAUUACUUCACUGGAGACGGGGCUUACCGAACUGAGGGCGGCUAUUACCAGAUCACAGGGCGGAUGGAUGAUGUCAUCAACAUCAGUGGCCACCGGCUGGGGACCGCAGAGAUCGAGGACGCCAUCGCCGACCACCCUGCAGUGCCGGAAAGUGCUGUCAUUGGCUACCCCCACGACAUCAAAGGAGAAGCUGCCUUCGCCUUCAUUGUGGUGAAAGAUAGUGCGGGUGACUCAGAUGUGGUGGUGCAGGAGCUCAAGUCCAUGGUGGCCACCAAGAUUGCCAAAUAUGCUGUGCCUGAUGAGAUCCUGGUGGUGAAACGUCUUCCAAAAACCAGGUCUGGGAAGGUCAUGCGGCGGCUCCUGAGGAAGAUCGUCACUAGUGAGGCCCAGGAGCUGGGGGACACUACCACCUUGGAGGACCCCAGCAUCAUCACGGAGAUCCUGAGUGUCUACCAGAAGUGCAAGGACAAGCAGGCUGCCGCUAAGUGAGCUGGCACCUUGUGGGGCUCUUGGGAUGGGCGGGCACCCAAGCCCUGGCUUGUCCUUCCCAGAAGGUACCCCUGAGGUUGACGUCUUCCUGCGUCCCAGAAGCAGCCCCCACCCCACACAUGACCCACAACACCCUCACGUGAAGCUGGGCUGAGAGCCCUUUCUCCCAUCCAUUGGAGGUCCCAGGAGUGUCACCCAUGGAGAGGCUAUGCGACAUGGCUAGGGCUGGUUCUGCCAUCUGAGUUUGGUUUCCUGGAAUGAAAAGGCGUUGCCAUCUCCAUUCCUCUGCCCUCUUGAGCCAGCACAGGAAGGUGAGGCCCUGGGAUAGCGUGCCUGCUCAGAUAACACAGAGCUAGUUAGCUAGUAGCAACCGUGUUUUCUCCAGAUCUGUCUAGAUACAAAGGUCAGAAAUCUUAUUUUUAUACUUUUAUAUUGUGGAAGAACAGCAUGCAACACUCACAUGUAGUGUGUGGAUUUACUUGAACAUGUUCUUUUUAACAUGUAGUUAUGAAAAUCUCCUUUUUUGCCUCUACUGGUGAGGAAACAUGAGGAUCAGAGGCCACAUUUUUAAUUAUUGUUAGUGUAUUUGGAAGUCUGAAUUGGAGAUGUUUGUACCUCUGUCUAAACAGUUCCCUUGAGAACUUCCAAGCCUCCGGCAUCUUUUCCUGGUGAGUGUUUCUCCUGUGCUUGGUUGUGUAUAAUGGAGCUAACUCCUAAGCGGUGGGGUGAAUGUGGCCACCUUAGUUCUGAAGCUACACCAGUUAUGUUCUGUUUCUUCAAGCUGUGAUCCAGAAAGAUUUUUGUGCCCCCAGAUGCCUCUUGAUAGGAGAGGCAACAUACUCCAAAUAGUUGGGUUCUUCAGGGAAGCUAUUAGAAACUCAGGUGACUUGUUAGAGCACUAACUUGGUCAGAGCCAAAUCCUGGCAAACGCUGCCUGACCUUCACUCUGUGGUUGUGGCGGUGAGAACCACUGAGGUCCAAUGAUGAGACUUGGAGGCCUGGAUCCAGUCUCUCUUUGUUUUAAUGUGACUUAGGUGCUGUCAACAUUAGCAAGAUAAUGGAAAUCACGACGCCAGUGGGUGCUUACCUCCCUGCUAGGCAUGCAGGGGCUGGCGGUUGGCAGGGGAAGGAGGCCCAGUGAGCCGGGUCCCUUAGGGGAGGGAGAGUUUGUCCUCUUUGCCCCACAGUCUACCCUUCAGGGCCUUGUGGCAGUGCCAGUGUUCGGGGGGUGUCUGGGCUACUGAGUACCCACUUGGUCGUGGUUGUGCUGGCCUCUUGGGUGAGUGAGCCUGUGAUGCCCAGGAGGUGGUGUUGGCUGCAGCGCACACAAAUACUGAGUGGUGGUCUUUUGUUACAGGCUUAGCAACAAAGCUGUGCCCUGGGCAUGGGGGGCUGUAGUGUAGCUACAGUUGUACGUUUGUGAAAUGGCUUAGCUUUCCAUGUUGCUGAGAGGAACCUGGACAUGGUCCCGGGCAUCUGAAUGAUCUGUAGGGGAGGGAGUUCAAAUAAAGCUUUAUUUUGUUCA